UUCAGUACUGAACAUAAAUAUCAAAAUCAAGUAUUUUGUAUACAAUUUACUGUGUAUUUUUAUGGAAUAAAAUAUUGAUUUUUCACGUUUAUAGCGUAUUUUUGUAUCUAUUAAUAUAGAUAUGUGUUAAGUGAGCGUAAUUUUAGGAUAUUGUGCUUUUUUUUCAAAUUGUGACCAAAGGAUAUUUAUUACUGAACAUAAGUAUGGCUCCAGUGAAAUUCGGAUUGUUUAAGGCGCGAAGCCGGGACCAGCAAGAACAACCUUCUACAGAAAACCUACUGAAAUCAAACAACAGUAUUGACCAAGCAGGUACACCUAGCUCGCCAAUACCUUCCACUAGUAAGGGUAUAGUUGACGAUCUGUCACCACUAGACUUCGCUAUACUCAACUUGGAUGAUGAUGAUGAUGAUUUAUCUGAUGCGAAACCGAAUCCCAGACGAGGUAGUGAUUGCAGCCAAGUCGAUCCGACACAGAUAAACUACCGUCAACUGCAGAACCCAUCUCUCACAUCAACAUCAACAUUAGACGAUCUAGACCAAAUACACAUUUAUGAUGAACCAGCCACACAUUACGACGGCGCGUCCACGUCGUACGACGCGGAUUCGUCACAAUUCGACGUCAACUCGUCACAGUUUGACGUGAACUCGUCAGACUUCGACGCGAACUCAUCACAGUUCGACAUUAACUCGCAAUUCGACGCGUCGUCGAUUGCCGCCAGCGAGGAUCUCUCUGUGUACUGCGCUAUGUUGAAGAAACCGAAGAAGAGUCGAUCGAAAGAACAGCAGCUGCGCGAUAUAGAUAUGUGGCAAGCGAGUAACAUUGAAGUCAUGCAGAACCUUCUAAACAGAAGCGGGACCCUCGACGAACAAAUCAAAUGGGAGGCGAUUGCAACAGCCCGCGGUCUUUGCACCCUAACAGACAGUUGUACUUGCGACGAUUGCACGGGGGCGAAGUACUUGGCCGGGGUCACGGACGGGGACGGAGGCCUGGGUGCUGCGCCUCUGUUCAGCGCUAUCAGCGUUGGCUGUCAGAUACAGUAGUUUUGGCCAUAUUUAUUGAUUCUGGUUGAACUAGUAGCCAGGGGGCUAUAUAUCGUUAUCGGAUAAGGAUAUCGUUAUAUCAUGAUUUUUGGUGAAUUCAAUGCAUAUAUUCGAGAUCCAAAUAUGUGGAAAAUACAGUUUAUUAUAUGGAA